AUUAUAAGAAUGUAGUCUGUUCGUAUUCUUAAACCAAGGAAAGCAGAAUGGGUAUCAGCAGGUCAUUAAUUUGAACUCUCGUUUCUGAAGAGAAGAUGAAAAGAAGUUGCUCGAGCGUUAUUGUGUACCAUGGUUUAUUUUUCUGCAGAACCUGGCUCAGCUUGCUCUUCACAUUUCUGAUAGACAAAGUGUCGGGGCAGAUCACCACAGUUGAAGCUGUUCUAGGAGGCUCUGUGAUCUUAUCGUGUUCAGCCAGUCGCUAUGAAAAGGUCGUGUUCUGGCGUCACAAUAACACCAAGACGGUGUAUGACAUCAUCGACGGUAAAGAGGAUUUUCAUGACCAGGAUUCAGCGUACAGCGGCAGAGUCGAAGGUUUUCAAUCGGAGUUCACAAAAGGGAAUUACUCCAUCAGAUUAAGUGAUGUGAAACACACUGAUGCAGGAAUUUACAGCUGCCACAUCCCUGGCUCCAGGACUCUCCAAGUAGAACUGAAGGUUCAAGCAGAGUCUUCAGACAGAGCUCCACAGCCCACAAUUGCAGAAACGAGCCGAGGAGCGAGAAGACGGUGUGACACUCGUUUGCUUUUCUCUGCAGCUCUGUUGGGACUGAGUGUAUGGUUUUUGUUUGAGGAUUUGAGUUUUGAUAAUUUGGUAGAAGACCUACACCUUUCUUUCUGAUAAAUGUGUUUAUAAUGUACAUAGAGAUGUACAUUAUAAACACAUCGAAAAACUCUAUGGGCGCUGUGUGAGACGGCUGCCUCUCCAGUAGCUCUGUAGUUUUUAGCACUUUAAGCCUUUUUUUUUUUUUUUCCACCUUUUUUUA